AAACCAUAUAAUUUCUUAAAAUCACUUGGACUUUGCAGUGUGUAAACACCUUUUUCGCUUUCUUCCUUCAGGAGCAACACGGAUUGUUGGAUUCUUUUAUUACUGACGUGAAUAACGAGGAAGAAAUUAUGCCGACUUAUGCUACACUCCCACAAACAAGGCAACAAGAAAAUUAAGCUACUCAAUUUUUUUUCUUUGGGAAACUUAACAAUCUUUUCAACAUCUUUCCUCCAGAGUUUCCACCAAGACUGGACUGGUCGACCUAUCUCCUUAUAUAUAGUAACUUAACUUCUACAUUCAUCUCAUGACUUUGAUAUUACUCAAGACUUAUUAAUCUAACUCAAAAGGAAAAAAAUUACCCAAGCAAAAGGAACAUAAGUCCAUGGAGAAGAUCUUUUCAUUCUCAGCUCAGGCCAAGAAGAUAGGUGAUGCACUCAAUAAUUUUAAUUCUACCAUCUUAAUUUGUAUGAUUUUUUGCCUAGUAAUCACAUUUCAGGAAUUUCGUUCUUGUUUUUCUUUUUUAAUUCGAGUCAUUCUUUUGGUGUUUACUCCACGUAACAAGUCUAAUAAUGCUGAAACUUCGCCAAAGGCAAAAAACUUUGGCCCUGAAAAAAUUGUCAAUAAUGAGACAUUAUUGGAUGAAGAUGUUGAGAUAGUACUCGAUGCACUAAUGAAUAUUUGCAAACAAAAUGGGGAUAAGAAUAUUGAUAAGGUAGAAUUGGCUAAGGUUUUCGAUUCAUUUGGUGAAAAGGAGCCUAGUUUGGAAGAAGUUAAAGAAGCUUUUGAUAUGUUUGACGAGAAUGGAGAUGGCCACAUUGAUGCAAAUGAGCUAAAGAAAGUCAUUUGCAAGAUGGGGUUCAUGGAAUUUUCAGUGUUAGAUUGCCAAAGGAUGAUUGCGCCAUUUGAUGAAAACAGAGAUGGAAAAAUUGAAUUUGGUGAAUUUGUGAAGCUCAUGGAGAAUAUCUGUCAGUAACACUGCAUCAUUCACUUUCAAAUUUUCUUGUUUAAUUCUGUCUUUUACCCCCCUUGCAUUAUGUAAAUUAAUUAUGAUAAUAACACGUUCUGUAUUAAUCUGUUUCCGGCACAA